UAUUUUAUACACAAAAGAAACGCCAAACAAUGCCGACGCAACUCGCAACGACCGUGACAUAAUCCAUAAACAAAUCGUUUUAAAUUUAAAAUAAGAUUCCGUAAUGAUCCAAUCUCAAUCGGAGUAAAGAAUCGCCGGAGAAAUGAAGUUGAGUCCGAGAGAAGCUGAGAAAUUAGGAUUACACAACGCCGGUUUUCUUGCUCAGAAACGACUCGCUCGUGGACUCAAGCUUAAUUACACUGAGUCCGUUGCUCUUAUUGCUACUCAGAUUCUGGAGUUUGUUCGUGAUGGAGAUAAGACCGUUGCUGAAUUAAUGGAUAUCGGCAAGCAGUUACUCGGAAGGAGGCAGGUCCUUUCAGCUGUUCCAAAUCUUUUGGAUACUGUGCAGGUUGAAGGGACAUUUCCUGAUGGGACAAAGUUGAUCACCAUUCAUGAUGCUAUUGCUAGUGAAAAUGGAAAUCUGGACCUAGCUUUACAUGGUUCUUUUCUUCCAGUUCCUUCACUUGACAAGUUCUGCGAGAUAGAAGAUAAUGAAAUUCCAGGUGCUCUCAUCUCCAGAGAGGGAAAUAUUACACUUAACUCUGGAAGGAAUGCAGUUAUUUUGAAAGUCAUAAAUCAUGGAGACAGACCAAUUCAGGUAGGUAGCCACUAUCAUUUCGUGGAGACAAAUCCUUGUUUAGUUUUUGAUCGAAUGAAAGCACAUGGAAAGCGCCUGAACAUACCAGCUGGAACAGCUGUACGAUUUGAGCCAGGGGAAUCUAAAAGUGUUAUACUUGUAAGUAUUGGAGGUAAAAAGAUGAUCAGAGGUGGAAAUGGCAUUGUUGAUGGUCCAGCUGAUGCCAAUCAUGCAGCAAUUGCAGAAUCUAUACAUGUGAGACAAUUUGGGAAUCAGGAAGAAGUGAAUGCUAGUGAAGGUAAAACCGGAGAAGAUUCUGUUUUCAAUGCUGUUAUCACUCGUGAGGCAUAUGCUAAUAUGUACGGCCCUACUACUGGUGACAAAGUCCGGCUUGGGGAUACAAAUCUCUAUGCUGAAAUUGAAAGAGAUUUUGUAGUUUAUGGGGAUGAAUGUGUUUUUGGUGGAGGAAAAGUUAUAAGGGAUGGAAUGGGUCAGUCAUGUGGGCACAGACCAAUUGAAUCUCUUGAUACUGUGAUAACAAAUGCGGUCAUCAUCGACUACAGUGGAAUCUACAAGGCAGAUAUUGGUAUUAGAGGUGGUCUUAUUGCUGCAAUUGGCAAAGCAGGAAAUCCAGAUAUCAUGAAUGACGUUCAUGCUAACUUGAUUAUAGGGGUUAACACUGAGGUUAUUGCUGGCGAAGGAAUGAUAAUAACUGCAGGUGCUAUAGAUUGUCAUGUACAUUUCAUAUGCCCCCAACUGGCAUAUGAGGCCAUAUCAAGUGGCAUUACAACACUUGUGGGAGGUGGAACAGGACCUGCUGACGGGACACGUGCAACGACCUGUACUCCUUCUCCAUCACACAUGAAAUUGAUGCUGCAAUCUACUGAUGACUUGCCUCUAAAUUUUGGAUUUACAGGAAAAGGCAAUGGUGCCAAACCUGAGGAACUACAUGAAAUAGUUAAGGCUGGGGCAAUGGGACUAAAGCUACAUGAGGAUUGGGGAACUACUCCUGCUGCAAUAGAUAAUUGUUUAAGUGUUGCAGAAGAACAUGACAUACAGGUCAAUAUUCAUACGGAUACCUUGAAUGAGUCUGGAUUUGUGGAACACACAAUUGCUGCAUUUAAAGGAAGAACUAUCCAUACUUAUCACAGCGAAGGUGCAGGUGGCGGACAUGCUCCAGAUAUUAUCAAAGUAUGUGGUGUUAAAAAUGUCCUACCAUCAUCAACAAACCCCACCCGGCCUUAUACUUCCAAUACAAUUGAUGAACAUCUUGAUAUGCUGAUGGUCUGCCAUCACCUUGAUAAAGACAUUCCAGAAGAUGUUGCUUUUGCUGAAUCUCGGAUAAGGGCUGAAACAAUUGCUGCAGAGGACAUAUUGCAUGAUAUGGGGGCAAUUAGCAUUAUAUCUUCUGAUUCACAGGCGAUGGGCCGCAUCGGAGAAGUCAUAUGCAGAACUUGGCAAACUGCUCACAAGAUGAAAUCGCAGAGGGGAUCAAUUAGCCCUGAUGGAUCGGAUAAUGACAACUUCCGUAUCAAACGAUAUAUUGCAAAGUACACUAUAAAUCCAGCAAUAGCGAAUGGGUUUUCUGAAUUAAUUGGUUCGGUUGAGGUAGGAAAGCUGGCUGAUCUAGUUUUAUGGAAGCCAUCUUUUUUUGGGGCAAAACCAGAAAUGAUAGUUAAAGGCGGUGUAAUUGCAUGGGCUCAAAUGGGUGAUCCAAAUGCUAGCAUCCCAACACCUGAACCGGUGAUCUCAAGACCUAUGUUUGGAGCAUUCGGCAAGGCUGGAAGUGCAAACUCCAUUGCUUUUGUCAGCAAGGCUGCUUCAAGUAAUGGAAUCAAGGCACUGUAUGGACUCAACAAAAGAGUAGAAGCCGUGGGGAGUACUAGAAAACUGACCAAACUUGACAUGAAGCUUAAUGAUUCCCUACCAGAUAUAUCUGUCGAUCCAGAAACGUACACGGUGACCGCAGAUAAUGAGGUUCUUACGUGUUCUGCUGCCACCUCUGUUCCUCUUUCACGUAAUUAUUUCCUCUUUUAGGUAUCAGUUGCAAACUAAGUAGCACGGAUACUUCAUUCAAUGAACGUAUCUCGUUUCGGAAACGUAUUGGUAACUUGGCGUUUCAAACACGAAACUUCAUUUUAAACAUGAAAACCCUUAAAAUAACAUUGUGUCCGAGUGUCUCGUUUUCCGUAUCUGUGUCCGUGCUACAUAGGUUGCAAACAUCAUUACCAUUCCUAAACCUCAAUAAGCAUCAACAUUAUCAUUUCAUGUGAUUUAUUGGGUAUUUGCUGUUUCCCUUAUUUUUAAUAAGUGGGGAAUGAAAGCGCCCUGCACCACUGUUGGCUACUGCUUGUCAUGGUCCUUGUCAAUCUUAGUCUUUGUGCCCUGAUAGAUAUUAAUAUAUCAGAUCAGCAAGUUGGUCUUUAAACAUUAUACUGUAAGAAUGUGCUGCUCAUCAUGAAAAACUACUAUCAUCUGAGAUAUUAGAUCAAAAUUAUUAGACCUAA